AUGGUGAUGUCGUCGAGAUCGAGCCCAGGAGGAGGGAACGCGCGUGGGGCUAACAACAACGGGAAGACGCGCGUGGGUAGGUACGAACUGGGGAGGACUUUGGGAGAGGGGACUUUUGCCAAGGUGAAGUUUGCUAGGAAUCUGGAGACGGGUGAGAAUGUUGCUAUCAAGAUUCUUGAUAAAGAAAAGGUUUUGAAGCACAAGAUGAUUGGCCAGAUUAAGCGCGAAAUUUCAACCAUGAAAUUAAUAAGGCAUCCUAAUGUAAUUCGCAUGUUUGAGGUUAUGGCAAGCAAGACAAAGAUAUAUAUUGUCAUGGAAUUUGUCACUGGUGGUGAACUCUUUGACAAAAUAGCCUCUAGUGGAAGGCUGAAGGAAGAUGAAGCUAGGAAAUAUUUUCAGCAGCUCAUCAAUGCUGUUGAUUUUUGUCACAGCAGGAGUGUUUACCAUAGGGAUCUCAAGCCAGAGAAUUUGCUGCUUGAUGCUAAUGGACUUCUCAAAGUCUCCGACUUUGGGUUGAGUGCCUUACCUCAGCAAGUUCGGGAAGAUGGAUUACUUCAUACGACAUGCGGAACGCCGAAUUAUGUGGCCCCUGAGGUGAUCAACAAUAAGGGAUAUGAUGGAGCAAAGGCGGAUCUUUGGUCAUGUGGUGUUAUUCUUUUCGUACUUAUGGCUGGUUAUCUGCCGUUUGAAGAGUCGAAUCUUAUGGCACUGUACAAAAAGAUAUUUAAGGCAGACUUUACAUGCCCACCAUGGUUUUCGUCCAGUGCGAAGAAACUAAUCAAAAGAAUCCUCGACCCAAAUCCAUCAACACGUAUCACGAUUGCUGAGGUUCUUGAAAAUGACUGGUUCAAGAAAGGUUACAAAACACCGGUUUUUGAACACGAGGAAGUCACUCUCGAUGACGUUAAUUCUAUUUUCAAUGAAUCAACGGACUCUCUGAAUUUGGUUGUAGAGAGGCGGGAGGAAAGAACUGCCACAGCACCGGUGGCCAUGAAUGCUUUCGAGCUUAUUUCUACUUCUCAGGGUCUUAAUCUCAGUUCCCUUUUUGAAAAACAAAUGGGCUUCGUGAAGCGUGAAACCAGAUUCACAUCAAAAAGUCCCGCUAAUGACAUCAUCUCCAAAAUCGAGCAAGCUGCUGCACCAAUGGGUUUUGAUGUGAAGAAAAACAACUACAAGAUGAAACUCCAUGGGGAGAAAUCUGGGCGAAAAGGGCAUUUGUCGAUCACAACAGAGAUAUUUGAAGUGGCUCCUUCGCUACACAUGGUAGAGCUUCGCAAGGCUGGUGGAGACACAUUAGAAUUUCACAAGUUUUAUAAGAACCUCUCAACCGGGCUCAAAGAUAUAGUGUGGAAAACGGGUGAUGACGAAGUAAAAGAUGAAGCUAAUAACAGUACAUUGCAUGCUCGAUAG